AUGUCUCAAGAAGAUUACUUCAGGUUUGCGAGGCAAAGUUCUCGAGGUAACUUGAGGAAGACAAAUGAAGAUGAGUCCGCCCCGAGUCCUACCGAUACAAAAACGAGAAGACAACGUUACAGCAUCAUCCAUGCAGAAAGGUCUCCGCAUAUGGAUUUUACACAAACUCCUUUUGGCAACGACGACAUGUUCAAUGCGUGUUUCGAUGACUGCGAAGGGGAAGAAGACGACCACGGUUCACGAACGUAUGCAAAUAACGGGAACAGUUGGAUUUCGGACAGAAAAUAUUCGUGGGACAUGCCUACCCAGAAUGAGAGACGUGUAAGACGGAAUGGUACUAUUGAAACUGGACUGUACGAUCCGUUUGAGACUUCAGACAGAGAGUUUUUCCCGCGCAGAAAUUCGGAGUUUUUUAACGAGUCCAACAGAUUGACGAGAUCAUUUCAGACCGAAGUGUUCAGUAGAUUUCCCAGGAGUUUUGGGUCGCGGCAAAGUGAACCGGAAAGGUUUAAAAAAUGGAGUUUUAGGCACGACACGGUGUUUACAAGUCUGAGUAAUAUUUACCCGACAAGGUGAGCUUGUUUAUGUUGUGGUUUGCCUGUUUUUUUAUACUUCUUUUUCUGGUUAAUUCUAGGAUGCGAACGACUUGACGGUUUUCAUUAAAAUGUCGGAAUUGGGGGGACAGGACGGUUUGGCAGUUUCCUGCUGCCAGAAGACGCAAAGGCAGAGCUGCCCUUUUGAUUGAAAGUCUUGAAAGAAAUAUUGGUUUGUGUUUGAACACAUUCGCAUUUGUUGCAUGAUACAACGCAAAUGCACUUGACAAACGUCUAGAAUGAUAAGGAAACUGAAGUGUUUUAUGAAUUUGAAGACUUUUAAACUAUCGUAUACGUAACACGUUAGGUAACAUGACGUAUUAACAUUUGAUUACCUCCAAGGGCAAGGUGGUGAGAAAAAAAAAUGUGCUUGAGAAAAAAAAUGAAAACUAUCAAAAACCACUAAAAAAUUCAGACGUAUAAAAUGUUUCUUUGCAAUACUUUAUGACUUACAAAUUUUACUAAGGGCCUGUUCAUAUGGGCAAAAGUUAUCCCGGUUAGCGAGAAAACUUUUCGACAAGUUUACAAGCGAGAUCUUGCCUUGGUAUGAAAAUAAUAUGAAAAGUUACACUGGGUCACUGCGUUCAUAUGAGACAAAAAGUUUUCCCGUGUACCGAGAUCUCGCUUGUUGACAGGCGAGAUCUCGGUGACCGGGAUAAUGUUUUCCCCAUGUGAACACAACUUUCCCGCUUAGCGGGAUAACUUUUUGUCGUGCCAGCAACUUUUCAAUUCAAUUUGAUGUUCAGUGCUACGUCACAACCGGAAACUUUUCCCGGUAAGUGGGAUAAUAUUUCUCCAUAUGAACAGAACAGAAGUAUUUGGCUAGUCUAAAAGUUAACGAGAGAACUUUUGCCCAUAUGAACAGGCCCUAAAUAUAAUUUUUGACUACCUUUCAAUUGCGUGCAGCUUGCAAUAUGGAUAUAAUAAUGAGUUAAUAUUCAUGAGUUAAUCUUUAACAUUCUCGAAAGACCCGGCGUGGAGCCCCUCCCAAUUUAAAUGAUAGAAUGGAAUUUUUUGCAUAAUUUGAUACGACUGAGAUCCUCGACUACACAUCUUCGAGCUGUUUACCACCUUGAGGGUGUAGUGGUCAUACAUUGUUACUAUUGUCAGCACAGACUGCAGAGCAGAGCACUAAGGUUGCAAAUAACGUUUUGCGUGUGAUUGAACAUCAUUUAAGUGCACGAGUUUAUCAUUUGGUAAGGGUCAAGCAGUGUAUUGAACCAUUUAGUAUUCCGAGCAUUUGUGUGAUCAAAUUUGAGCUUCUCUUUUGUCUUUUGAGCUGGUCGUUUGCCCGAGAACCUGAGCUUAUUUUGCAGUUGCUAAGUUCUCUGUGUGCUUUCAACUUUCGACAGGAUAAUGCCUCAAACUUACGAACAGAUCAAGCAGUCGUGUUUGAGAUCAGGAAGGCUGUAUGAAGACCCCGACUUCGAAGCAGUUGACGACAAUGUUUUCACAAGCCGUCGCCCGCCACGUCCCUUCGUUUGGCGUCGACCAACUGUAAGUUUUGUACCGUUUUGAGUUUGUUCAUGUCUUUAAUAGUUCUGUUGGGAGAAGUAUAUUUCAUCUCGUGCAAGUAAAUUUGUAUUCAUAUGAUUUGGCUUUUAAAUUAUUCGAUGUAUAUUGCACAUCAAAAUAUGCGUAAAUAUAUGUUUGAUAUGCAUCGAAGCGGCGAAGCCGAUUACAGUAAAUCAUUAACGUUUGUUGUAGAAUGCUUGUAGUUGAUCUUUGGCCUUGCGCUAUAAACGAAAAUACGCUAAAACAUGCACAAAGCUUGUUAGUUAGGGCAAUUGUAUUCGUAAAUUCCACACCUUCGGUAUUCAUUAGAAACAUUCCAUAGUAUGAAAUUGACAAGUAUUCGAUUAUUCGAACUAUUAAAUAAACAAUUAUUCGCGAUGAGUUAUCUCACUUGAAGCGAAAUUUACAAUAACAUUUUAAAACGUUAUUUUCGCCUCACAUAAUCGGGCAGCAAUCCCUAUUAAACACUGUCAUAUUUGUUUUCCCAAACCUUUCCCGCUAAGUACAGGAUGCUACGCAAGGAUGUACUUGACUCGAGGAUUUAAAAAUUUCCAAAAGCCAACUCGAAAAGCCGAGAACAUAUUUUAAUUGCCCCCUGCGAAAAUUAUCGAAUGCCUGUUGUUUAGCAGGGCGUUGUCGCAAAUUGUCGAAACAACUUUGAAGACUUUGAAUACGUAUUUCCUCAGUGCAGUCUCCUGGAACGGCUCUUGAAUUUUCUGAACUACUUGUUUAUUUGUACAGUAAAAUAGUAAAAAUACUCCUAUUUUUAUUAGAAGUAAUACGAGUAUUUCUGUUGAUUUAAUAAAUAUGCCGUUGAACGAACAAAUCAAUUAGUCUUGAUGUAGCUCAGAUUAGUUCUGUUUAAUAGUUCAGUAGGAGGUUCAGUAUUAAGCUUUUUUACUGUAGUUAUUACAUGUGUAUUAUUUGCUAGCUAAAUUUAACCUGCAUUAGAUGGAUAGAUAGAGUAAAUUUUUAUUCAGGAUAAACACUUCAGAAAAUACAUCUGUUAUCAAGUGAGUCCUGUGUUACUGCUUAUUAAAUGGGUUAACAAUGAUGGAUACUAGAUAACCCUGUUCAGAAACCCGAUACUUUUUGCUUCAUAAGUUUAAUUUACAAGGAAUUUCUCCUCAAAGUAUAUAUCAAUUGUCCUAUUGCAAAUCAUGUGAUGCUUUUUACACUAGUGCAAUCUUAUUUCAAUAUGGAAAAAUUGCCUAACCCAUUGAGUGGCAGCACUCUCCCCCUGAUGAGUAAAAUCGUCUGGUGUUAAACAGAGUACAAUAAUACCGGCACAUUGCCACUUAAAGGGUUAAAAAAGUUGCAAAUGUCACAUGAUAUGAAAUGAAAAGCAUAUCAGCAUGCGCUUACUCUUUUACAAGUAGGUUGUCAAGUUAGCAGAAGUUACUAGAUAUUAGAGUUUGCCCCAUUGUCGAUCAGUGGGGACAGUGGGGGAAAAGUGGUGCCACAGAAUAAAGAUCAGUACCAGAAGGGCCACUCAGCAUGCAACAUGUAGCCAUUUUUUUAUGCAAAAAUAUGCAGUUGACUGGCCAGAAGGCGGGGCCUCCAGCCAAUACAUCGCGUUUAUUGGCCAGAAAAUGUAAUCGACUGGCUAGGAAGAUGGCGGCCAGCGCCACAGAAACUUCAAAGCUUCUGACGUAACUGGCCCUUCUGUGUGGAUCUUUAUUCUGUGGUGGUGCUGACUUGUUUUAUAAAAAUGGAUUCAGACACUCUGGGGUGCACCCCCCACCCCCCCACCCCCUUCAAUUCAAUGCUCUUUCAGUGCAGUAUAAAUUGAAAAAAUAUAUCAGACAAUGCAAAAACCCAUUGAGUUGCAAUGUGCCCUACCUUAUUAUUUUCUCUUCUGAUGUUGGAGUAUUUUACUCUGUCUAUCGCCAGACAAUUUUACUCUUCAAGAGCACAAUUGGCACUCAAUGGGUUAAAAAUGCAUGUUAGCCUUUUGGUGAGAAAGCUACAAUAUAACAUCUUGUGUUUGAUCAGUACUGUAUUACUAUAAUUACAAAACUUGUGAUUUGUUGUUGUGACUUUGUUGUCUGGAAAUAGUAUUGCUGUUGACGAUUUACCCAAAUGAAUGUGUCGUAUUUUUGCAUCAAAACAUUCGGCAAUAAUUAAUGAGACUACUAUGCAUUCCUAAUGUCAAAAUAAUUUUCUGUGGACCUAUGAAAUAUUGCCAUUUUCUUGAAUUCCAGUUCAAUCGAGACAACAGGAUUACCGCAGUAUUCCUUAACAGUAAUAUUUUGAGUUGAAAGCAUGACAUAUGAUUUCAGGGAAUUUAAGCGACAUAUUUUGGUAAAAAUUAAAUUUGUGUACAUUGGGGUUCAUGGACAAGCUAUCUGCUAUCCUACCCUGGUUCCAGAGGUUUAAAAUAAACCUUUGGUUUAAAGCGGCAAUUGAUUCAUCGAGCCGUGACAAUCAGUUUCAAUUAGGGUCAGAUCCUGACUCUGUCUCCUGAUUGGGUGAUUGUAUUAAAGCUCUCUGAUUGGUUAUAGAUGUUUUAUUUGAAUCAAUCAGAGAGCUUUAAUACAAUCAUCCAAUCAGGAGACAGAGUCAGGAUCUGACCCUAAUUCAAACUGAUUGGCGCGGCUCGAUGAAUCAAUUGCCGCUUUCAACCAGAGGUUUAUUUUUCCUCUCCCCUUCGCAAUGAAAAUAAUAAAAAUAAACCUCUGGAACCAGGGUACUGCUAUCCCAGCCACCUCCGCUUCUUUGAUCUUUACCAUGCCAUUACAUACAAUUUUAGGAAAUGGUGGAAGACCCAAUUCUCGUCGAUGAUGGUGCAAGUCGGAUGGAUGUCGCUCAGGGACGUUUGGGAGAUUGUUGGUUCUUGGCAGGCAUUGCAUCUUUGACACAGUACCCAGGCCUGUUCAAACGAGUUUGUCCCACCGAUGAUCAGGGUUUUGGGAAGAAAGAUUACUGUGGUGCUUUUCAUUUUUGUUUCUGGCAAGGUGGAGAGUGGGUGGACGUCGUAGUCGAUGAUCGUCUGCCAACCAUCAACAAUCAGCUGAUCUUUGUGCAUUCAAAGUCGAGAAAUGAAUUUUGGAGUGCAUUGAUGGAAAAGGCUUAUGCAAAGUAUAAAAUUAAUAUAACUAGUUGUAAAAUACUACUACGAAUACUUUGCUAUCAGUAUUCUGUUAUGAUUUGUUAUUAUAAUAGUUCUGCACACAUAAAAAUCUCACAACUUGUCAACAAGAUGUAUUUGCAACAGGUUUGUAGCAAGUGUAGCAACAAGUUGUAACAACGCUGUUAUUUUAUCACAACUUGUUGACAAACUGUUGAAUUGCCAGCCGAUAACAACUACAAGUUGUUGAAACAACUUGUAAAAAGUCUGUUGAGCUUUACAACCUUGUAGCAAGUUGUUAACAAGCCGUUGACAACUUAGGGACAAGCAGUGCGAACACAUCCUGUUGACAGGUUGUUGGAACAGCAUUGCUACAAGUCUGCUGCAGGUUUUUUACAACUUGUGCAUUUUUACAACAUGUUGCAUUCACUAUUACUUGAUAUAAUGGAAAGUUCACCAAAAUUGUAAAUGAUAAAGCAGUCCAAAUCUGCAUGUGCACUGUCCCGCUUUUUAGGGCUGUAGCUUGAAACAGGGACUUAAAAUAUGUAGUAACCAGCGGUGUAGGAAGCAUCAAACAGUUGGCGGGGGGGCAGUUUUGAGGGGCAUUUUUCAAAAGAAAAGGAACCUAAAAAAUUUUUCUCAGAAAUGUUGGCGACGGGGGGUGGGUGAAAAUUUUCCGGACGUGUCAAAUUUUUUUCCAGACAUAUAAUUUUUUCCGAAAAUAACAAAAUUUUUCCAGAAAUAUCAGAUUUUUUCGAAAAUAACAAAAAAAUUUUUCCGACAUACGACAAUUUUUUCCGAAAAUAAAAUUUUUUUCGAUCUCAACGAAAUUUUUAACGUUGUUAGACAUAAGGGCAUUUUUGAAAACUUGGGAGGGCACAUGCCCCCCCCCCUUUCUAUGCCACUGGUAGUAACACUAUCAUGGAUGAAAUAUUGGUUGGGGGUGGGGGGGGGGGGAAAAGUGGCCAGUUCCACCCACCCUGAGGGAUAUUAGACAAUUAAUAUUUCGGAAAUUUUAAUGCACAAAGGCUACAGUAAAAACAAGGAGGCUUAGACCUGUGUGACAAUGUAUCUGACAUUGUUCUUUCCAUUAGAAUGUGUGGUUCAUAUGAAGCUUUGAAAGGUGGCCAGACAAGUGAAGCCAUGGAAGAUUUCACAGGUGGAAUGACAGAAUCAUUUGAUCUCGGUUCUAAAGCUCCAAAGGAUCUCUUCAAAGUUAUGUUGAAAGCACAUAACAGGCAAUCUUUGAUGGGUUGCAGUAUUAACGUGAGUAUUCCAGACAAAUGCUUUGAUUUGACAGUAUAUUACAGUAUUACACACAAAAAAUUCAUGCAGUUCAAAAGUAAUCUUAUAUACGGUCAGAACCAGGGUUAGAGAUUUUCUGCAUACUUGUAUCUUGACAAUACCAGGUCAAGGGUCUAUAGUACUGUAUAUAAUUCAACCGUAUAUGUGAUUUAGGCAAAGCCAAACCAGAUUGAAGCAAAGCUGGACAACGGCUUGGUCAUGGGUCAUGCUUACACUGUGACAGGAGUGAGGAAGGUAAAGGAAAGACACUUUGACUCAAUCAAGAGAACUAGUGGUUUCAUGAGGUUGGAAUUGAGGAGCUACCCAAAAGACAGAAUGACUUAACUUGAGUUGACAGGAGUUAAAAAUAUGCAUACAGACAUAGGCGUACGGAGCCGCUAAAUUCUGGGGGGGGCGGUAGCUUUUUUGCCCAAAAAAUUCCACAUUGCCCAAAAAAUGUCAAAAAAAAUUUUCCGGAAAAAUUAUUUUGGCGACCUCCCCCACGUCGCUUCGGAACAUAACACAAAUUUCCCAAAAAUCACAAAAUUUGCCAAAAAAUUUACUUAAUUUUAGACAAAAUUGACAGAAUUUGCCCCAUUUUUUUUAAUUGCAAACCAAAAUUGCCCGACUGUUGAUCGAAUAUUGCCCGACUGCCCAAAAAACUGGGAUAUUGCCCAACUGCCCAAAAAUUGGGGGGGCUACCGCCCCCCCGCCCCCCCACCCCGUACGCCUAUGCAUACAGAUGUACAAUUGUACACCGAAAGGGGCUUGGCGUAUGCCAAGUAUCUUGGGAAACGUAUGAUAAUGUAGACUUAGCUCUUAUGCGAUUACUUGAAAAUCCUUCAGAAAACAAGUAUUCUCCAAUCAGAGCAUUUUUCCAUCUCGCUCACGACACCACUUUGGCAGAAAUGCUCCCAUCUAAUAAUGUGACUAUUGAGUUAUAAGCCCAAAUUUGUUCGCCCUAAUUUCAAAUCCCAAGUAUGCUCUCCUAAAUUUUAGACCCUGCAUGAUUUCCAAAUAAUCUUGACUCUAGGUAAAUGCACGAACAAGAUCUGGUCAAAUGGAGGUGGAACUUGUGCGAAUUCGAAACCCGUGGGGAAAUGAGAGAGAAUGGACCGGUGCUUGGGGAGACAAGUUAGUACAAAAAAAUCUUUUGUGAAAUUUGAAUACGUUACCUGUAUUUAAAUUCAUGCGGUAUUAGAAUUCACGCGGUAGUAUAAUUUGCUCAGUAUUAUAAUUUGCGCGGUAUUAUAAUUUGCGCGGUAUUAUAAUUUGCGUAGUAUUAUAAUUUGCGCAAUGUAAUAAUUUGUGCGGCAUAAUAAUUCGCGCGGCAUCAGAAUUCGUACGGUAUUAGAAUUUGCGCGGUAUUGAAUUCGCGCAUACCAUUGGUGCACGAAAUUUGUGCGGUAUUAUAAUUUGCGCAAUGUAAUAAUUUGCGCGUCCUUCACAAGUUUCCCUUGACUAGUUUUGUUGUUUGUGUGCACUGUUGUGCAAUGUUGUUACGUAUAUUUAUCUCGCGUCCAGAGUGCCUUUUUUUGGCUAAAACUACACACAUUUGUUGCACACUUGUCAAGUUUUCCUAAAACUGAACGAAAUUGACUAUCACGCGAAAUUCAACCAAGAUAUCUUACCAGAGGCAAUAUCUUCCUUAGGUCCUCGGAAUGGAGUCUGUUGUCUGACCGAGAGAAGAAAGAAAUGGACCUGACUUUUGAUGAUGAUGGAGAAUUCUGGUGCGCAGUUUGUUAGAAUAAUAUGAUUAUUAAAGCGUACUGUAGUUGGCAUCAUUCCUACUUCCUUUGGAGUCUGGGACUGCACGCAGGCUACAUUUAUAAGGGAGGGAAUUGUUAAGGUUAAUAUAUGAUCAGCUUAGGUAUUAUUAGGUCUUGCAGUUGUAUUUCUUUGAAUUUGAUUUUGAUGUUAAUAAUUCUCUGAUCACCAUAACGAUUUUCUGAGACCAUGCAAUGGUCCUAUGGUCAGUAUUUCCCACCCUAUACAUUGGUGGCAAACAUCCAUGAAAUUAGAAACCUUUGAUGUGCAUUUUAACGUGAAACGGUGAAAUGAGUCUUCUUGACUUGUUCUUGCUUUGUGUUUCAAUAGGAUGAGCUAUCGUGACUUCAUUAGCAAUUUCCAACGAUUAGAAAUCUGUAUGUUGAGUCCAGAUGUGAACAUUGAAGACGCCAAGGUGACUUGGGCUGCGGAUGUGCAUAAGGACAGAUGGCGUGUUGGAAGCACUGCUGGUGGUUGCCGUAACAACCCCAAUACAUUCCACAAAAAUCCUCAGUUCAGGUAAGGUAACCACAUCGACACUCACUACGACUACUUCUCACUGGCUUAAAAACACAUUGAUUGAUUGAUUGAUUGAUAAGUCUUUAUUAAAAAAAUACUGCGCAACAACCGUGCGAGCUUACAUAGAUAAUAUUGUACAACUAUGGACCAGAUAGUAUUAAAAGUAUUAAGCCUAAAACAUAUGAAAAGUAUAUACAGUUCUAUACAAAGUUAAAAAGACAUCUAUUGAUUAAUCGGGUAGAUUGUUUAUUGAUUGUUUAUUGAGUUUUGCACUCGUUGGUGAGCGGAUUUCCCAACAGGCUAUUGCGCAAUAGACCUUACUGUUUAAUGUUUAUUGACGUUUGACCAAAUGGCCUCGUUUUUAUGUCAGGUAUUCACUCGUGUUUCGUGCACAAUAGGGUUAAGAACUUACUUGUUAUUGGGCUUAAGAUCAACCAGGAACCAAAUCGUGAAGGAAACAUGGGAAUAGAGAGGUUAAGAUACCCCGGUUCCGAUUUACGGGUACGAGUAUCGCCAUUUUGUUUAGCAAUUUUUGCUGAUGUCAGCAUUUUUACCCGUAAUUUCUCCCCGUUUCCCCGCGGUAAACCAAGGUCUACACGUAAAAGACAAACGGGUACGGGUGUUUUCUGUUUACUAUAUGUUGGCCGUUUAAAUAGUAAAAAUUUUCAACAUCUUACCCAAAUAAAUAAUGCACAUAUGCUGGUCAAAGUUUUCAACAAUUUAUGGCGAACCUCAACAGCGAACCAUUCUCUGAUCGGUUUUCACACGCCGGAAUAUCUUGGAUUUCUUAAGUUACAAGUCGUUCUCCGAUUUACGGGUACGGGUACCUAUAUGUCACCCGUACCCGUAAACCGGAACCGGGGUAUCUUAACCUCUCUAUAUUAUAUCCUUCAUAUGCGCUUGUUAGGUAGCACUUUCUCCUCAAUUGUCUUAAGACCUCUAGUAGAGAUCCAACCAAGGAUUGAACUCGGUUCUCUCAGCUUGAAAGGCAAGUGUGGUGACCACGACACCAUAAGAGCUGGUUAAACGCAUCUGAUUGGUUAAUGGUAGCGUUGACGGUAAUGGAGUCAAAAUGUGAACUUCUCUAUUGGCAUACCUCCUGUACGUAAGUACGCGAAAUAUCGCAACUUGAUUAUUUUCAUUUCAGAGUGACUUUGCAUGACGUUGAUGAUGAUGACGAUGACGAUUCCUGUACCUUGAUUGUCAGUCUCAUGCAAGUUGGACGACGAAAGUUGAGAAAAAAACUGGGGGCGAAUUCAAAUCUCACCAUUGGCUUUGCCAUCUACAAGGUUUGUGUGGCUGAGAUUAAGACCAAAUUGAUUUUGUCUCCUCGUGUGCAUAUAUAUUGGCACUGGAUCAGCAAGAGAUGAUUUUUACAGGACCUCUUAGGGAGGAAGAAAGUUUAGAUCUGAUGGAACGUUCAAGUCGUAAUAGAGUUAGAUUAGUACUAUUUACAACAUGAACGGCUGUGUUGUAUCGGAUAUACAAACUCGAGCCGAAGCCUUGAAUCUUGAUGAGAACAUUCGUAUUCUUGAUUCUUCAACAAUUUGAAAUAAAUGAAUGAUAUAAUUUGUAGAAACACCACGUAAAUUUAUUACUGCAAUAAUAAAUUUACGUGUUGUUUCCACAUACAAAACGUAUUAUAUGUUUUAUCGCCAUACAAACCUACAAAGAACUUAAAUGAAUGAUAUUUGGUGAGAAAAUUGAACAUAAAGUUUGUAUAAACAAAUUAGUUUAGUUUAGGUUUACUCUUGUAGCUUGUUAGCGACCUACCUACACGUAGAUAUAUUUUCAAACGUGUAAGCAAAAUCAUUUUUGUCAGAACUACGUGAUAAAGAUGAUAGCUAUUUAUAAAAAGAAACGCUGAAACUUGAAGUUUGUUAACAUUUUCAGCUUGAAGAGGAUGAUUUGAAGGCGGCUCGUCUCGACAAGGAUUAUUUCUUGUACCAUGCUUCCAGUGCCCGCUCUAACACUUUCAUCAAUGCUCGGGAAAUCACAAACCGGUUCAAGCUCAAGCCUGGCAGCUACUGCAUUGUGCCAUCCACUUUUGAUGCGAAUGAGGAAGGCGACUUCUUGGUCCGUCUGUUCUCUGAAAAGGAGAAAAAGAGCGAGUAUGUAAAUUUUAUUGAUCGUACGAAUGAAAAAUUUUACAGGCACGCCUGAUUAAGAGUACAAGCGGUCAGAUUUGUAUGACUUCGGUCAAAGAGAUCUGUCACAUAUCUAUACUGUUGUUGAUCUCAAUUCAAAUUUUUUGUUUCUAGUGUUCAAGAUGAACAGACUCGUAUCACACGUAAUGUGAAGCCAAGGGUUACCGCUGGGGAAGAUGCUAACAUGGACAGCAAGUAUCGUUCAUUCUUUGAGAGAGUUGCCGGAAAGGUAAGGAUUAUAUCAAAUUAUGCUACACACAGGGGCGUAACUACUGGUGGGUGGGUGGGGGGGCGACGCCCUCCAAAGUUGUAAUAUUGCAGUUUUGCUAUCUGUCGUUGUAGUCGCUAUCGUGGCGAUCAGAAAAUAUAAAAUUAGGUGUACGAACACAUAUGCAAUUAGCAAAUAUAACUUGCCAUAUGAAAAAUUUUCAUGGAAAACUUAUUCAGGACUUAAGUGUUUUAGUGCAGACGUAAACUGAAUAUUACCAUUUGUUAAUAACUGAAAAGUGUUUGCAACAACGUUGUAAUAAAGUUGUAUAACCGUUAUUACACGUUGCUGUAAGGUUUUCACUCGCAAGUGAAUUGCAUGAUGACAACAAGUCGUUGGUUUGUAUGUUGUAUUAAUUAAAUCCUUAUAGGACGAACAAGUUGAUGCUUAUGAAUUAAAGAAAGUUUUGGAAGCUGCAUUUUCAAAAGGUUUGUACAAAAAUAAUGGUGCAUGAUGGGAAUGAUCCAAGUUGAAUGGAUCGCACUCCUUAGUCCACUGAUCUAUAUAUGCACUCAUUGACGACUGGAUAUGAGAGAUCUUUUCAAAUUAAUACCGUCUUUGCAGAGAAGAACGAACAUUUUUAUCCAUUAAUAUUAUUCUUUCAUUGCCUUUUUCAAUUUGAGAGUUUCAUGUAGUUUUGAAUAUAUUCUGUUUUAGAUAUUGGUGACCAAGAUUUCAAUAUUGAAACAUGCAGAAGCCUCAUCGGCAUGUAUGAU